GUGGACCUUCGAGCAAUUUCUAGAACGCAACGUCUACACAUACACCGCAGACUCGCUCUCGAUGGCGAAAUGGGGCCAAGGUGAUCCGCGCUGGAUCGUGGAAGAGCGCGCCGACGCGACAAACGUGAACAACUGGCAUUGGACUGAGAAGGACGCCUCCGAGUGGUCAAAAACCCUUCUCAAAGAGCUAUUUAGAGGUCUCAAGAUCGAAGACGGAGACGCUAAGUGUCAGACGACCGAUGUGUCUAAAGUGGAAGGAGAAGCUAGUGUGAACAACCGAAAGGCGAAGACCAUUGUGUUCUAUGAAUGGACAGUGACGAUUGAUUGGAAAGGUACACUGAACGAUGAUGAUGUACCCAUUAGAGGGACCAUUGAGAUACCAAACUUGAGCGAAGAGAUAGCUGUUGAAGACCUAGAGGUAAUCGUGAAAGUAAAGACGGACUCGGAUGAUGGAUGGAAACUGAAGGAAAUGAUCAGAAAGUCAGGAGCAGAGAUAAUUAGGAAAACAGCAGGUUGCUAUAUAGAAAAGUUAAAGACAGAAUUCUCACAAGGUCUACAACUACCAAGACAUCAAAGUUCAGAAGCUGCGAAAGCCGGAAAAAUGUCGUCUGCAGGAAGUGUGAUUAGUGAUGCUUUUAAGAGUGGAGCUAGUGUCAGGAGCAAGCAAGGAUCAUCACCAGGUAGCGUAGGCUACAUUAUCGCAACAAAGAAAAUAGUUCUUAAUACAGACUUCAAGACGACAGCCAACGAGUUGUAUUUAACACUGACUUCACGAGAGAGACUCGAGGCUUUUACACAAGGUCCUGUGGAAAUAGAGGCAACAAAAGGUGGCCGGUUUUCGUUACUCGGUGGCAACGUGACGGGAGAGUUUAGAGAACUGAUUAGGGAUACAAGAAUCGUGCAGACAUGGCGUUAUAGCAACUGGCCAGAUGGACACUACUCGACUGUCAGAAUAGAACUACAACAAACAGAAGACAACACGAAAUUGAAACUCACUCAGUCUGGUGUUCCCGAGUCAGAAGCUGAAAGAACACGUCAAGGUUGGAAUAGGUAUUAUUUUCAGAGUAUGAAGAGGACAUUCGGCUACGGUGCUCAACUUAUGUGACAACAGAGAAGAAUCAUUUACCUAUCAGCUUUGAGUACAGAGACUAUCUCAACACUUGAGAACUCUCUCUCAUAGGCUCACCUGUAUAGCUAUUUAAUAUCUAAUGUACAUCUAGAUCUACUCUAUUUUGUGCUCUAGUAUCAACUCUCUUUCUUUGAAAAUUA